AAAAAAAAAAAAAGGGAAAGAAAAUGCCCGGCUUCGCAGAUUCGUUCUGGACGCCUGACUACGCGACCGGUCUGGGCGUGCUGUAUGGUAAGCUGCAGCAGGGGGUCGUGGAGAACAAGCAGAUCCUCACGAUCGCCGCGGUGCGCGCGGAUGCGGAAGAGGUGUACGGGCUGAGGCUGGGGGAUAUUGCACCGGCAGUGGAUCGGAUGACAACGGGGUUUACCAAGGAUGAUGGCGCGAGCAUUCGAAAGGCGUAUGAAGGUGUCCGGACAGAAAUGGUCGAGGCGUCCAAGAAGCACCAGAAGAUCGCAUCGAAUAUUCGUGAGCUGGUGGUGAGCCCGUUCAGUCGCUGGUGCGACCAGCACGAGGCGCGGAUCCAGAACUCGCACGAUGACCUGCAGGCGCGGAUCAAGGAGCACACGAAACAGGUGGAUCUGACCAAGAAGCUGCGCAGCCACUACUUCAACAAGUGCCGGGUUGUGGAGGAUCUGGAGGAGGAGAACAAGUUGGCCUUCCAGAGCCCCGAGACGAGCCCCAAGGUCCACUCGACGCCCAAGAUCGUCCUGCCCGAGCCGGUGCAAGAGGAGGGCGAGGAAGAGGAGCCUGUCGAGAUUGGCGAUUACUGCUACGCCCCGGAGGAGCUGAAGAAACUGCUCAUCCACAUGCUGGACAACAUCAAGAUGCGCGAGGUCAAGGUCCCCAUCAUCGGCACCUACCAGAACACCUCCACCGGCGCCGACAUCGUCGAGUACACGCAGAAGCACAUGAAUGCCUCCAGCGUCAGUUACGCCGAGCGCAUCGGCCAGGAUCUCGUCGACUCGGGCUUCCUGCGCCUGGUCGGAAACAUGGGCAGCACCUUCGCCAACAGCUCCAAGAUGAACUACCAGUGGCGGCCCAGGGUCUUCCAGUUGUCCGGCAUCCCCGAGAAGAAGAAGCCGCUGAUGCGUGUCACUUCCAUGGCCUCCAGCGAGGAUGGCAACGAGUCACCCAUCUCCUCCGUCUCCGAAAUCCUGGCCGGCUGGAACCCGCUCAACAAUCCGUACCCGAACGAGACCCCCGCCGACAAGUUGCGCCGCGAAUCCCGCGAGGCCGAUGACCGCUACAAGGCCGCCGUCAAGAAGCUUGAUUUCAUCCGCUGCAAGCUCGAGGAGGAGAUCAUCGAGAACCUCCGCUUCAUGGAGCAGUGUGAGCUCGACCGCCUCAAGGCCAUCAAGGCCGUCGUCCUCGACUUCUCGGGCGCCAUUAGCAACGUCAUCCCCAGUCUUCAGAGCACCGUCGACCAUAUGAUGCUCUACCAAGAGACCAUCCAGCCCUUGGGAGAUCUGCGCUAUCUCCUUGAAAACUACCGCACCGGCGGCUUUGUACCUCGUGUACAGCCGUACGAGAACUACUACGGCUCUGUUGAGGAACAGAACUUUGGUGUGGACAUCGAGGCCAGAGCCCGGGCUGACCGCAAGCGCGUCCCGAUUCUUGUCACGACGAUGUUGACGUUCUUGGACAAUCACUAUCCUGAGCUUGAAGGGGACGAGGCCCGACGUGCAAUCUGGCUGUACGACGUUCCCCUGGCAGCCACCCAUCGGCUUCGCCAUGCUUUGAACAACAGCAAGGUCGAAUACCGUGAAGUGCUUGAAAAAUUUGAGAUACCCGUUAUUGCUAGCGUUUUGAAACUGUACUUUCUUGAGUUACCAGAUUCUCUUGUUUCUUCGCAGGUGUAUGAGAUUGUCAAGACCAUAUAUUCCACGACCGCCCAUGAAACUACGGAAGAAGGCCGGAUCAAGGUCCUGCAGAGCACCCUGGGCCAGCUGCGCCUGAACAACAUUGCCACGCUUGAUGCGAUCAUGACCCAUUUCACACGCUUGAUUGAUUUGACCUCCGCCGACGAGGAGUACGUCGCCGGUCUGGCGCAGAACCUGGCGCCCUGCAUACUCCGGCCGCGGGUGGAGAGCAGCCUGACGAUGAAUGAGCGACACAGCUACCGGCUCAUCCGCGAUCUGUUCGCGCACAAGGACGAGAUCUUCGGCGAGCUCAAGCGCCAGUCCACCUCACUCGGCCUGGCUCCCGUGGCCAACAACCGCCCGCGCGCCAUCAGCACCGACGAGAGCAACCGACGUGCCGCCAUGGAGGCCCGCAACCGCGCCAUCAUGGACCGCAGCCGCGCCAACAGCCCGGCGCCGCCUCGCAAGCACCGCCGCGACCGCUCCAGCGGUCCCUCCGAGGCCGGCCGCUUCCCAAUCCUCGUCAGCAGCCCAAGGACCGCCGGCACGGUCAUCCGCAACAGCCUAGAAGUCCCCGGCGGCAGCGGCGUCAGCAGCACUGAAACCCCUUCCUCGUCCACCAACACCUCCGCCACUCCCAGCGCCGCCGAGCAGUCUGCCCCCGCCGCGGCUGAUCCCGCUGUGCAGGCCGAGUCCGUUCCGGAUCGCUCGUCAACCGACUCCCCCGGCUCGGUGACCAGCAACGGCAGCACGGCCACGCCCCCUCCCCUGGGCGACGCCCUGGACGAGUCCCCCGUCUUCACAGCCACGCCAGCCCCGCCCAUCAACGACACAGUCGAGACCCUCGUCGAGAAACGCAACUCACUCACCCGCUCCGGCGCCCGCAUGCCUCGCAAGCCCGGCAUGGGGAGCAGGUCCGGCUUCCCUGUCAUCCCUAGCACGCCGGCGUCAUCCGCCCUGGCCGGCACGAACAGUAACCGCAACAGCUUGGCGGAGAGUGAACCCAAGGGUGUGACCCUGGAAGACAAGCCCAUGGACGAUUAAAUGAUAUUCCUUUUCUUUCCCCCCCCCCCUCUUUCUUCA